AUGAACUAUUCGAGGCAACGUGUACACACCAAGAAAGAAAACGUUAAGCGGACGGGAAACACCUGCUUCACGCUCACGAGCUCAACCGGCCAUUUUUCUGCAAACAGACACCUACACUCCGUUGCCCUGUUCGUGGAGGCUCCGUCCACGCACAAGCUGGUCUGCACCCCCGACGACCUCCGACUCACGCAGGGCCCCACGCUCAACCGCUCGUUGCUGGCCUUUAAGGAGGUUGCCAAGGCUCUGUCUUCCGAGAAGCAGAUCCGAUUCGCGCCGUUCGGGGACGGCAGGCUUACCGAGGUUCUCCAAACGUCUCUCGGUGGGAACGCUAUCGUGCUAGUCAUUGCCUGCCUCUCCCGGUCGGACUCGAUCAAGGGCCUGGUGCUCAAGUACCAAUUCAUGCUGGCCAACUCCUUGGGGGGCAGGGGCGUAGUGGGCGGGGGGAAGGGGGGGGCGGGGGGCGACGGUGCAGUGAACGCUCAGCGUAUGCGUGCGCUGGAAGGGCAAGUACUGCAGGCCAGGAUGGAAAGCAAUGAGUCGAAGGAAGAUGCGGCGAAGGUGUACAAAAUGCUCGAGCUGUUCAAGGCCAAGUACGUCAAGCUGGUCGAGACCAAAUCCAGCCAAUCGAUGGAGCUGAUCUCGGCCGAGGAGGGCAAGCUGGCCGUCUCACGCUCCCUGCUGGAUCUCAAGCUGGAGCACUCCAAGCUGCUGGAGAGGUUCGAGUCCGACCGCUACGCCCUGACGACGGAUCUGCUCGCCGCCAAGAACGAGGUGGUCGAGCUCGAGAUGGGGUUGCAAGAGUCUGAAGCCGCCCGCGCCUCCAAAGACAGAGAAGCAGCAACUGCUGUUGCCGAGCGGGACGCGAUGCAGGAAAAACUGAAAGAAGCGGAAAAGGCGGCGCAGGAGUUGCGCGAGGGCUUUGGGGCCGAGGAGUCAAAGAGUGUCGAGAUGGCCGCGGAGCUUCUUACUCUCGUGAACCAGAAAACCCAUCUUGAAAUGGUGAAAGAGGAUCUCGAACGACAAGUGGAGGACUUCUCCUCGAGAGUUCGUAUGCUGGAGCUUGACCUGAGAACAGCAAGGGACGACAUGCGCGGUCUGAGAGAGGAUACAGAGGUGGCCCAGAAGAAGGCUGGCGUCUUGGAAAUCGCAAAGGCGAAAGCUGAGCUUGAUCUUCAGAGGGCACAAGUGGAGUGGGAGUCACAGGCGUUAGACAACCACAGGUCGACAGUGGCUAGGGACAACACCCGACAGGCAGAGCUGCUGGACAACCACAUGCAGGACUUGGCCCAGCUGGCCAAGCUGAAAGAAGACAACGAGGCUCUAAAGAAAGGGCAGGAUCAGCUGCGGGUGGAGGUGAAGAAGUGCGAGCGGCGAUGUGAGCAGGCUCAGGAAGAAACCGCGCGCAAGGAGGAGGACCUGGCGACCAGCCGGGACGAACUGGUGGAAGCGAACGAAGAGCUGGAUAGGUUGCGUCGCAAGUUCCGCGAUCAGCUAGAGAAUUUGGUCAGCGGCAAGGCUGGAACGAAAGCUUCCCGAAGAAAGAAAGACGAUCAGAACAGCGACGGCGGCAGCGGUGAUGCAAACAAGAGAGCGGCGCUGGAAGAGAUGGUGGGCUCGUACAAGGAGAGGGAGGAGAGGGCUACGGCGGACGCCAAGCGCCUGAGGGAAGAGGCCAAAGACGCAAAGCUCAAGAACCGGGCUCUGUUUGAUAGGUAUAAGCAGCUUCGUGGAAUCUUCGAGGAUUCCCUCGGGGAGGGUGAGCUUCCUCCUGACCUCCCCUCCGACGACAAGCUCAUCGCGGCGGGUGCAGUGGCGGUGGGGGGGCGGGAGUCCGAUGCCGAGGCACAAUCCGCCUUGAAAGCCCGUCUGAAGGUGGCCGAGUCAGAGCUGUCAGCCCAGCAGGAGAAGAACGUGCUCACGGCCGGAGAAUACUCGGAGCGUGUCGCGACCCUGGAACAGCAACUGAGGGAAGACUCCCUGCAGAUCGGCAGGUUAGAACACGAGAACCUGUCGCUAUCAAAGGCUCUCGACAACGCCAGUGGGGGCCAACAGCUUCAAGACAUGCAGGCCAUGGUAAUGAAGAUGGCCUCUGCGCCAGCUGCACGGGUGAGAACCCCGCCAAGCGCAGGGGGGUCCAGGGACAUGCGCGUCCGCGUAAGACAAGCCGAAGAGGAGAGGGACAGGGCCCUAAACGAGGUUGCCACCCUACGGCUCGAGCAGGGCUCACAGGGGAGAGGCGGAGGAGGACACGAAGUGCAGGAACUGGUCAAGGAAUUAGAAAGAAUCGAGCGGACUAACGCGGGGCUGGUUUCAAGCAAGGCCACCCUCGAAAGCGAGCUAUUGCGCUUCAAAGAGUACAUGAGAGACACCGUUUCGCGUUACCAGGAGACGAUCCGACAGCUGCAGCAGGAGCUGAAGAAGACAAAGGGAGGCUUUGGAUGA